UUGUACAGACAGUUAAACCGUUUGGUGUGGAUGGUUGGUGGACAGAUUUAACUGAAGUCAAUCACCCUGGUAUAUGGACAUGGGGUGAUAAUGAAGAGGUAUUCAAUGAUGCUUUGAUCUGGAACCAGGAACCAGAUGACACUAGGCAUGUAGAAAAUUGUGUUUCUAUGUCAUAUGAAGGAAAGAUUAGUGAUGAGAUGUGUUGGCAGAAAUUAGGAUACAUCUGUUCUUAUGCUUUACCUUCAAAUGGAAAUUGUGCUGAUGGUUGGCUAAACUCUGCUACUAAAUGUUAUUAUAUCAGUGCUACGGAUGACUCCUUUAAUGUGCUGACCUGGAUGGACGCCCUGGGUAAAUGUAUGACAAUGGUGACUGGACAAACCCCAACUCUUGUCAGUUUCAACUCAAAACAAGAAUACCAAUUAAUAAGUCAGUAUUUGGAGGUAGCUCAAGUUAGAGAUAUGAACUGGUGGAUUGGCUUAAACGAUCAGAAUGCAGAAGGAAAUUAUGUAUGGACAGAUGGACCAGCUGAUUUAUCUUUCAUGGUUUGGGAUAAGGCUCCCAGUAAGUUGGCACUAAAUGAAAAAUGUGGUGUUGUACAUGGUAAUGGUAAAAUGUCGUAUGGUAAAUGUAGCAAAGAUCUGAAUUAUUAUAUCUGUAAGCUCAAACUCAAUAAUGAUAAUCUAAUGAUAUAUGAGGAACUGGGUUGUACUGGUCUUUGGACUAGAGCUGGACAUAAGUGUUACUAUUUUGUACCAGGAAAAAAAGUUGUUAGGGCUGAUGCCAGAAACAAAUGUCAACAAUCGGGUGGAGAUCUCUCUAAGAUAGAAUCUUUGGAUGAAAUGUAUUGGAUAACACUACAGACGUUCACAAUGGAAGUCAAUCAUGUGUGGACUGGUUUGUCUAGAAAAUCUAAGGGGGCUGACUCAUGGUCAUGGGCGGACGGUUCAGAUAUAAAUACAGAAUAUAUUAAAUGGAAUCAGGAACCUAAUGAUUAUUUAGGUACAGAAGAUUGUGCUGCUAUUAGUAUGGAUGGUGUUUAUAAUGACAUGUCGUGUUCUAAUAAAGCUGGUUUUAUUUGUCAGAUGACGUCAGUUAAUCGACCGUGUCCAUCUACUUGGAUAAUGCCAGAUGGUGAAGGUAGUACUUGUUUUUAUAUCAGUGAUACUGAUGAUAAUGUCACUACUACAUGGGAUGCUGCUAAAGAUAAAUGUAGUCAAUUAGCAGGCGGUGGAGACAGUACUUUAUUUGCCCCUCAAAGUGGGGAAGAUUAUGCAUUUGUAACACAGCAGUUGAUGUCUCGUCCACCGGACCCUACUGGUUGGUGGACUGAUCUUACUGAUUCACAGGUUGAAGGAUUAUGGGUAUACUCUACAUCAUAUUAUGGACCACCAGAUAGAUCUCUUAUAGUAUGGCGAGGUGAACCGAAUGAUUUUGGUGGAACAGAAGAUUGUGCUGUAAUGUAUUAUGGUGGACGAUAUAAUGACGUAGAUUGUUCGGCUAAAUCUAAUAUACUAUGUGAAAAACCGGCCACACCAUUUCCAACCACUAGCAAUGGUAACACAUUGAAGGCGUUUCAGCAUGUAUCACUGAUAACUACCAUGUUCAUUGUUCUGAUUCAACAAGAAUUACUGCCCAUCUGUCUCGUUAACGAUGCAUUACAGAGCUAAAUCUGUCUGUUCUUUCGUUUAUUUGGACAUUUAUUUACAUGCCAAGCCUACAAUCAACUCUGGGAUGGCCGAUAUUUAAAUGGAUUGAAACACGAUCGCCAUUUAAUGAUUUAAUUUAAAUGGUGAAUCUAGGCUUAGUUUCGAUUAACAAGUAACGUUGCUACGGCAAUAAACAAUCUAUGGCACAGCUUGUCAAAACUUCAAUCAGUGAUAAAGUAAUUUGAAUGAAAUUUUCGAUAUAUUAAUUUUGCAUUAUGUGUUUUUGAACUAUUAAAGCAAGAACGGCCAUCUCUGUAUCUAAAUCUUAGAUAAUGCAUCCUUAAAUAGGGGAUAUACGUAAUUUAUCUUUUUCGAAAUUAUUGUAAAUAUCUCAAAUUUAGAAAAGUAUUUGUUUGUGUAUUUUUUAUUUAUAUAAAAAGAAUUUGUUUAUUGUAAUUUCUAACCUAUUGAAAAAGUUUAAACAUGUGAUGGAAGCCGUUGGAAGUAAAAAAAAAAUGUUAUAUUUAUUCGGUCUUUCUUACCCAAUUAGUUUACAUUUUUCUGUUAUUUCAGUCUACCUCAAGCCCUUAACUUAACCCCCCCCCCCCACACACACACACUCAACACCCCCAAAUUUCUCACAUGGACACAAUCUGCG